CGCGGCUCGGGAUUGGUUGUUAUGUGAGUCGGUCAAGUCAUCGCUCCCCUUCUCUCCAGAUGCACGCGACCUCUCCUUUCCUCUCCAAUCUCUCUCGUUUUUCCUUCACAUCGGCAAGGGUUGCCGCCGCCGCCUCGCUCACGCCCCAAAUUUUCUCCCCCCUCCCCAAUCCUGCAGCAGCCGCCUCUGCUGCUCCUGCGCGUGGUCGUUAACGCCUCUUCUCCCACCUCAGCGUCCAAUCGCCUCAGCGCCUCUUCAUCUUCAUCUCGGACGGCGUCGAGUGCGGCCGCCCCGUGCUCUCUCUCUCUCUCCCAGGUCGACCCAGGAGGAGCUCGAGCGGCAGCACUGGUCCAUGGCGUCGUCGUUGUUGGCAGGAGCGUGAGCGCAGAGACGGUCGUCUCCCUCUGGCUUCAUGUCGCCGUCCAUCAACACGUGAGGUGGUCAGUCCCUGCAUCCUCGCCUCAACCCUCGCUGUCACGCACGCCUUCUCCUCCGUCCUCUCAAUGUUUUGCGAUGAACUGGCUGCCGACGCUGCUGUGCUUCUAUAGACCACCAUGAAGGUGAGAUUGCCCCUCCCUUACACGAACAUAUUCUUCUCUUUUUCGGAUCUAUUGCUGUUGUGCAUAGUGGUCGUGGAUGUUCUGUCGUUGCAGGUGGUUGUUGGUUGAAUGUCAGAGUUGUAGUUCUUCAUGGAUCGCUGAUCUUGUUUGUCUUUGAAUUCUGCGCUUGUCAUCAUCACCAUGGUAUGGUUUGUGGUCUAUUGAUGCGUAUCCAUGGAUAUGGAUGUUUCUGUGUCGAUUUUUGAAAUCGCACUAAUCGACCCCAGCUCACAGAUUUGCCUUGCUGUUUCAUCUGCUCAGAGGAUCAUCUUUCUGUUGAGGUAUAUGUGCAGGUGGUGUGCAAACCUGGUAGUAAAGACGUACAAAAAGUCUGAGGUGGAAAUUUACGUCCUUGUGAAGGAUGAAGGUGGUCGCCACACUGCCUUCUUCUCAAACUACAACCCACAGUUCUACUUCCGGACAGCUGACAUCCGUGGGAAAAUCGAGUUGCCUCUGGACGUGAAGAUGGUUAUGCCUGGUGACAACGUAACUGCAAUCGUCGAGUUGAUGUUGCAUGUUCCACUCGAACCAGGGCUAAGAUUUGCGCUCAGGGAAGGAGGGGGGACCGUUGGCGCCGGAGUCAUUGCUGAAAUCAUGAGCUAAUAAAAAUAAUAUGUUCCAGACCUUUCUCUUUUUACUUCUCAAUUAAUUUGAUGAUUUGUUUGUUAAGGAUUACAAUGUUGUGAAUCAAAUGUCAACCGUAGGAAAAACAAAUUAAGGAUCUAAAUCCUACAAUGUUUUAAAAUAAAUUUUCUAUGAAUCAAAGGAGUCGGUAGAGUAGAAGCGUGCAACACACUAGCUACUUUUGCGUUUGAAAUAUGAGUACGGCCAGAAACAUCUCUUCAACUUAUUAGUGCAUCUCCAAUGCCCUCCUGUAAAACGUCCAGACCGACGCGUCCGGAUGCACUUCGUGGGAGUAUAAAUCUCAUUGGAUGAACAUUUAAGUAGCACUUGAUUAAGGAUACUAUGGGAUCUUGGAGACCUCAGAUGUAGGUGAGGAUGAGGUGCCAGAUAUGAAAUUAUGAAGGAUGAGACAUGUCUGAUGAAGAAGGCUCGGCUAGGUAUAUUAGAACAAUGCAUGUUUUAUUCUUGGCACUAUACAAGUGCAUCUCCUCUUUUACUAUAAAUACAUGAUGCAUUAAUUUUCUUACGAGUCUGAUCGAUAUGUGUAAUUAUAUGAUUAUUGGAGCCCACGUAUAUUUUUAAGAAAUACAAGUAUGUGGUAUUGCUUUUCAUUUGUGAUAGACAAUAGUAGAAAGAAAAUAUGGUCCAAAAGUAUGUGGUGUACAGUUUACAAAAACUUGUUGGGCUGAAAAAAUGCAAUAUGAUUUAGUGUUAAUGGAAGAGAGAUCUUGACUUGUGGCUUUCAUUUUAUUCGAGUUAUUUAUUUUCAGUUCUACUCUUGGUACUACUAUCAUGUGACCUGCCAUCGAGGCUCGGAUACGCAGAGGUAGUAGUUACAAGCCGGUGGUAGCAAACCAACAACUGGCCAACGACAGCAACAACAAGUAUGCUGCCUUUUAUUCAAAAUCAAAUAACAGUUGGCAAUGCUAGGUUCGAAGGUAGGAAGGGAAGUAGACUUGCUGAGGUUUAUUUCUAUCUGGUGCAUUACUUGACUACUCCCUCCGUAAACCAAUAUAAGAGCAUUUAGAUUACUAUUUUAGUUAUCUAAACACUCUUAUAUUAGUUUACAGAGGGAGUACAUGUUUAUGUUCCUCGAACCAUGCUAGAGACAAUGUAAAAAGCAAUUAAGUUGCUUAGUUUCCUUGUUUGGUUCUUAAUCUUGGACAUGUCUAGACCAAAGGAUCUACAGAUGACCAUGCAGCAUGCAUUUCAAUAUGUAAAAGAUGUCUUAGCUCAAGAUUGUCUAAGCUGAAGAACAAGUGUCAACCAAUUUGUAUCAUUGCAAUGUUAUUUGUUAUUGUUUAUUCAUUUUUGCUUUCUUCCCCUUUUUACAUUUUGAGAAAGUUGAGAAUAUAUGUUACUGCUGCAUUUGUAAAGUCCUCUUAGAUGAAAAGAUAAUGUUAUUAGUUAUCGCAUCGAUGACUAGAGAAUAGUUAUGUUUCCCACAAGAGUUUUCUGAAUUUUAUGUUGUAAAUUUUCAUUUCUCUAGGCCUUUCAUUCUAACAGCGAUGCCCUAAGAAUAGUUAUGUUGCUCACAAGAAAUGAACCAGACAGCCACGAAUAACUUGUCUCUGGGUAGUUAAUUUUAUGGUGCUUUCCAUUCUGCAUUUGAGGUUCGUUAUUGCAUAUGUCCCAGUGAUGAAUUUUUCAGUAAACUGGUCUUUAUGUCCUCAGCUAUUAGGCUGAAUAUUUAUUGCAUAUCAAAACUCACAUUUUUAAAAGCACUUCCUGCUUUAUUUAUGUGUUAUCCAUUGUUCUUUAAUCCAUAAGCCCUUGAUCUUAAUAUAUGGUGAUGUAAAAAAUUUCCAAUAGGUUUAGAGACGAGGAUCCAGAGAAAUAUUAUGCUCAGCCAUCCUUCUGUAUCAACUGUAAAGGUGAGACUUCUACAUUAGCUAUGGAAGAAGAGGCCAAAGAUCAAAUACUAUGUCUGCACCAUCAGCAAGACAUUUGCCAAACCAGGGCAAUGCAUGUACUUUCACAUGGAGUACACCCAGGACAAGCUGCAGAAAUACAUCACAAAGAUGAUGACACACUGCCACACAAGCUCGGAGACGGAACCGUGAGCUGCGACAGUCGCUACAUGCUUGGAACCGACAAGAGGGCCACCACAUCAUGACGAACUGUCAUGGUUUCGCCAUCACGCCAACAUCAAAAGAGGGUGACAUGUGCUUCUUCCAUUUCAACUGCAAGGAAGGGCGCCGCCUCUCCUUCACCAACCAGACUCUAGGCAUAACAUCGUCAAUAGGACCUGCCUUCUAUAUAUGACUUGACGAUUCCGUGUUGUGAUGGUCCGAUGAACUCUGCUUCUCUUUUGGAGACCGCCUACAUGUUGGAGCA